AUGUACUUACACCGAGUAAGUUGCUACUACUAAGAAAUAAUUCGUCCAAACCAAUAUCACGUGCGAUUCCGAUUAAUUGAUUAAAUUGAAGAAGGCGACAGGCACAACUCCUAGCGGACACCUUUUGGAAGAGGUGGUUAAGAGUCUACCUACCAACAAACGCAGUUAGUCGGAAGUGGCAAUCUGCGCAACCGAGUCCCAGGAUUGGUCAACAUGUUCUGCUAAUGGAGGCAGACAAACCCCGAGGUGUCUGGCCUAAGGCAAUAAUCGAAGAAGUACACGAAGGAUCGGACAAUUUAAUUCGCGGAGUAACAACUCGCACAGCGAAGGGUCAUGUACGGGGCGACAUCCGCCAAUAUUUUCCACUGGAAGGAGAAGUGGAUCAAAUGGAAUCUCCGUGACGCAUUCAGGCCAUAGAAGACCGCGGGGUGUGACAGCCCCGAUGUCACUUUUAAAUCUUCUGCUUUUUGCUACUAACUGUUUGUUAGUAACCAGACUUUGCUCAUACCACCAUGCCUUUGUUUCUGUACCCCUAUUCAUCGGUUCUCAUCAUUCUUCGUUCAUUGUUCUUUGUCCAUUGUCUAUUGCUCUUUGUCGCCGCUCGCUUUUAAACCGACCACCACACUUUGGCGUCAAUCGCUGACUGCUCAUCUAAUCACCUUGAAUGUAGGUCCACUUUUCAAUCUAUUCCCCGCCUUAUUAAGUCUAUCGUGUUCAGCCAAUCUUACUGUUUAUUUCCAUAGAACCACAAAGAAGAACCGAGUUAUCCCGAGAGAAUUCCGACAGCUUUGACCUCGGGUUCGUCUAGUCCGGUGAAUAAACGAAUACUGAAUCGAGAAAAUCUAAAUACUACAAACAAUACAUUCAUUUCAAUUCGGCCUUUCUAAAGGAAAACAGACCAGAUUUGGACAAAAUCUGACCUCUCUUGAUAUGCAGGUAAUUUUCUACGCGACUAAAAUUCACGGAUCAAAACUUCAUGUUUUUGUGCACCGUCUCGAAAAAAAGAAUUCAUUUAAACUGCAAAAGUAUAAAAUAAAUCCCUUCCGGGAACCGAAAAUUUGAUUUUGCCCUUAUGAAAAUAAAGCGAGAGUGGGUAUGAGAAAUCACAAUGUUCUCGAGAAAAAAGGGGUGAAUUCACACUAUGAAAGUCUGUUUCCAAAGCUUUUGGCUUUAGUAUUGCAAAACUCAGUAAUAAACUUAUGGGCAGCCAUAAUGACAUCGCAUCUCCCCUAGCGCCUGUACCUACGCCCAGCGACAGCCUGCUUUAGCACGCACGCACGCCUGCCCCGCUUAGAUUUAUCUCGAUGCAAUUCACUGUCUGCGCCACUAAUCCGAACGAUUCUCUGCCUGUCUCGUCUGGGUUUGAGACAAUCAACGUAACUCCCCUCGCUGAUUGGUUACACAAGGCGGACGCAGUCCAGACCAAUGCGUAAACAGUCUGUCACGACACUUUUGUAGCGGCAACCAUCAACGACACACGGCUCGUCGCUCUCGCGGACGCAUAAUCGUCCGGUUGCCAACUUCCACUUACUAUUCUGUACAGAAUAAAAAAGCCGUUUUUUCUCCAAGUGGAAUCCUACUUCUUACAACUUAGGAUCUGGCCUAAAGUUGUGGGGCACUGAGCAUACACCAUCACCGCCUAACCACUACAAACUUGCAUGAGCGUAGUUUGUAUUAUCCCACCGAGAAUUGCUUGGCGUAAACAUAAAUAUACUUCGGAAGAAUUAAGUUCUUUAGGAAAGAUAAAAAAUUUGAUUGUAACUUUUUGACGUCGGUUCACCAAGUCAUCCUCAGACGUGAAGUGUGUAAAAUAGUUAGCGUUUAGGCCUGCCUGAAAACGCUCUUCGUCCUGUCACUGCUGUAUAGGUAAUGAUCUGAUCGACCAUCGCAUUUUCCACAUUUCCUUGAGGUUGUUGUACACAGCAUCCAAUUUUACGUACCGGUUAAUGCAUGAGUGAUCAGAAUGAAUGACCUCUAAAAAUUCACGGCCCCUUUUAGAUGAGGAGACACCUACAAUGCGAGUUCUGUCCCAGGCGACUUUGUGUCCAGUUUCCAACGUAUGCAUGACAACGUGGGACAAGUUGUCUCGCCUUUUUCGGCCAACUGAUGUUCGUGUAUUCGUGUGGAGGCCGAUUUUCCCGUUUGAUCAUAGUAAACCGCAUUGCAGGUGUUGGAUGGUAUCUUAUAUACGACUUCCUUCUUGUCUAAAUAGCCAACCCUAUCCUUAGGGUGAACAAGCUGGUUACAAAGUGUAGUCGUCGGUUUGUGCGCCACAUGUAUUCCGUGCAUUCCAUGUAUUCCUCUUAUGUCUGCAUCGUGACUUCUGCGAGAAAACCAGAGAUUUGUGAUCCCAUGGGGCUCCUUUCAGACGCUGAUAGUAUUCCUGCGCAAAUGAAAAGUCCGUUCCUAGACAAAGCUCAAAGAGUUCUAGCAAAGCAGAUACAGGGAUAUCCAUGUCGUAGUACUGGAGACGUUUCUCUGUAAAUUAGGCAAUCAGAAUGCGCACCGUAAGAAAUGCUAACAUUUUCAGAUGUGCGAUGGCAGACUCGGUGGCCAGCAGACAUCGCGUACACUGGGUGCCCUGCCACCCCACCCCCCAUUGUUGCUGUUGUUGGUUGCAAUUCUGGUGUGUAGACUAGGGGGUGUAACAUGGAGAGCAUAUGUGCGGCUCGACCGUGUCAUCCACCUCCGUCCUCCCCUGCGCCUCCGGUCUUUCUUACUUUAGCUUGACACCGGGUCAAUGUGGCGUAGGAGAGGGUACGGUAGAUACUGUGCAAGUUUACCACUACGCACAAGUCACUGACGCUGCUUCACCUCGCUGUCAAUCACACAGUAGACAUCACCUGCAACGAGGGUCGAAGUCAAAAAAUGUUGAUGGCAACGUUCGAACCUAAAGUGCGAUGUUGACUUUCUUCCUAAAGUAAUCGCUUCGACAGGUACGAACAUGCGCUCAGAGUGCAGACUGUUUCCAUGAGCAGAUCGAAACCUUAGGACCUUUUUGGUCUGGAGUUUAAAUAUGUUAAAUCACCCGGUUGUCACACCAGCAGGUGUGACAGGGCGAAAUCGAUUUUUUCGGAAUGUUUAAAUGUUAACUGUUUUGUACAUUUACUUCACGUCUGAAGACGACUUGGGGAACCAAGAUCGAAAAUUUAAAAUAAAACUUUAUCUUUCCCAAAAAGCUUAUAUCUUUCGAAGCAUGUUUUAUGUUUGAAAACAGACAUCCCAAGAAGCAUAAUUCGGAAAUAAAUCAAUUCAUUGCGAAAGAUAAACAAAUGUAUUUGUGUAUUUUCGACUUUAGUUACCCAAGUCCUACUCAAACUUAAAAAAAGCGUGAAAACAGUCAAAAGGCAAUCACUUCCGUGCAUUAAGAAUGUGCUCUGCCAGCAGAUGUCGUCAUGUCCACCUCCGUCGAGGCUUUUAAGCGCAUGUUGGAAUAGUGUACCACCGAACGUCAUAAUGCUACAUGACCGCAAACGUCUAGAAUUUUGUUCGAACAGUUAAUUAAUGUUGUUAUAUUACUGCCUGUAUUUCACUAACGUUUUUUAUUAUUAUCCCAUGUCUGUUGAAUGUGUGUUGGAAUUUAAUUCGUCUCACUCAGAAACUGAGAUAGCACCAAUUGCGCUUAGACAGCACAUUUAUUAACGUUAAUAAGUUUAGCUCUUGGAGCAAUUAGUUUAUCGGUCUGCCUUCGAAAACAUUGCCAAUCUGAAGAAACUCUGUAGAUGUUUGAUGUUUCCAUUUUCAAAUUUUUGAUAUACUUCGCUCCCUUGUAACAAAUAUGGAGAUCAAAGGUUAAACACCUUCUUGCAUCUUCAAAUGCGAGAUAAGGCCACCUAGCUGCACCUUCGGUCGUGACACUGGCCCCUGAUGGAUUAUGUCUGAAUACGUAGGCGAGACCAGCAAGACGUACUGAUGACGAAGAUGAUCUCGGGUACCGACGGAUGAUUUGACUAUCGUAUCAUCAUCUUAAGGAUGAUGAGGUGCCUACAGCCACUCAGGAGACCCCAAGGUAAACGACUCCCAGGUAAGCUGAAUAUUGCUUUGUUGUCUUUGCCUGCUCACCAUGUCCAUUUCAGGAAUGAACUAACUCAAAGGCCAACCAACCUUCCAGUACCCGCCGCCGCUGUCGCUGAGGACAACGAGAACGUCUCCGUUAAGAAGCGAUGGUACCGCCGUCAUCGCAGCACCACCGAUAUCAUCUUCGCCGCUCGUCAGCUAGGGAAGAAGUGUCCGGAGAUGCGGAUUCACGUCUACUCUACCCUCGUGUAUCGGACGAAGGUCUUUGACACGGUGAAUCGCGAAGGACUUCGGAAAAGCAUGCAGAGAUUCGGCCGUCCAGAGCGAUUUAAUUCGAUAUUGCGUCAGCACCAUGAUCGCAUGCCGACGCGUGUCACAGACAAUGGAGCCGUCUCAGAGGCAUUCGCAGUGACCAAUGGAGUGAAGCAGGGUCGCCUCCCCACGCCUAGUCUCUCUAAAAUGAUAAUGGACGUCGAUGAAUCCGCGUCGUCUACAGGACGGUGCACAAACUCCUCAGUCAGCGCCCGAUGCAUUUUCAUUUGCGUGCAUCCACUAUUUCCGUCAAAGAACUGCUCUUCGUCGACGACUGCGCGCUAA